CUAUCCUCUGGAUAUCUGUACCUGCCAUGGUGGUGUGUCUGAGUGGGCUAUGGAGGUAUCGGAAUUACCUGAUCAUAUUCCUCGCCCCUCUGUUGAUUCUACCUCUACCCCUAAUAGUUGGGGGACCGGUAAGAGUGUGUGUGUAUGCGUGUGUUUGUGUGUGUGUGUUUGUUUCUUUGUUUCUUUGUGUCUAACUGAGGCUUUGAUGUGUUUGUUUUAACCCUCUUGAAAGUUCAGAAUUUAUUCUUAGUUGAGGUUAAAGUUCUGAAGCAUUUCAAGUCCUUGUUGUACACAAAUUGAAUGCCGAAAUUCCUAGAAAACGUUAUAUGUUUAUUAAAGCUUCACUGCAUGCUGUAUGUAUUUCCUAAUGUGACAUUUCUAUUGUAUUUGUGACAUUUAGAAUUAUUUCAAUAUAUCCAGAAAGCUACUGUAGACUGGUCAUUUUGUGUGUGUAGAUAGGAACUUCAGCAGCCAUGCACAUUGCAGGUUCAGAGUUCCCUGUGAGUUACGGUUGCCCUCCAGGGCAAUAAACCAUCAGGAAUGAAAUACAGGCAGUUUAUAGUUCUUCAUCCUUUUUCAUCAAUGGCUUACCGCUGUCACGAUCGUCUAAAGGAGCGGACCAAUACGCAGCGCGUGGAGUGAACAUGAUGACUUUAUUAAAUAAAGCACAACACGAGAAAACAAAACAAAUGACGAUACGUGAAGUCCUCUGACACCGACAGAAACAUAGAAACACUGGAACAGGAACAAUAACCCACAAAACAAAGGUGAAAACUGACAGUUUAAAUAUGGCUCCCAAUCAGAGAUAACGAGCCGACAGCUGACACUCGUUACCUCCGAUUGGGAGUCAUUGACUACAACAUACAACCACCUAGAAAAACAACCCACAGACCUGCAAACAUAGAAAUACACCCGACAGAACUACCAACAUAGAAAAACACCCAAAUCCCCAACAAAACAACAUACACUCUAGCUCACAUACAAAAGUCCUAGAGCCAGAGUGUCACAACCGCGUCAUAAAAUAUAUUUGUUUCUAUAAAAUCCAAGCCCGUUUUUCCCCUCUAAGAAUUGAUUUGAUUAACUUAAUUUAUCAAAAUAGAUAUUAAAGGUGCAAUCUGCGUUUCAAACAACUACACCCCGUCACUGAUUAAAACUUUUGGUAAACAGCUGAGGGAUGGGGCUGGAGAAAUGUAUCCAAUCUCAAAUUCAUAGACAGAGCUAGGGAUGCAAGAACUGACUAUCUAUGAUAUACAAAUUAUAGUUUUAACCAUUUUCUGAGACUUUACAGUGUUUAUUUACAUUGACAUUGUUUACAAACAUUGGAGUAAAACAAGUUUAUGUUUUGGGUUCUGAUGGGGUACUAUGGUUGAACUAAGCUCAUGAGGCAAUUAAUUAUAAGUUAUAUUCUUCAAGAAUAAUUUUUAUUUACUAUGCAUUGCAAGAACAACUGAAACUGAAACUGACUUAUUGAAUAGAUGUAUUGAAUUGCACACAAUAAGAUAUCUUUAUGUUCUAAAAUAGUUAUACUACUUGUCUGUGCUUUGAUGCUGCUGGCUGUUGUCUCAGAUGAUUGUUCACUGAGAACAAAAUGGUCCUGAGAGAGGAAUGACUGUGUUGUAUGCAUUUGUACGUGUUGUCCUACCUCAACAGCCCUCUCACAGUCCCUGUCUGUCUCUGUGUGUGUGUGUGUGUGUGUGUGUGUGUGUGUGUGUGUGUGUGUGUGUGUGUGUGUGUGUGUGUGUGUGUGUGUGUGUGUGUGUGUGUGUGUGUACAGGAGGCUAGUUGUGGCUAUGUGAUCAUUCUGAUGGCACUGUACUGGUGCACAGAGUGUAUGCCCCUGGCUGUGACCGGUCUGCUGCCUGUCUUCCUUUUCCCUAUGAUGGGCAUCAUGGAGUCAAGCGAGGUACCAACACCACUAUCCUCUCCCCUCUCUACUCAACCACUUCCAUACCUAAUGAUUGGAUCUUACCCAUCCAUUAGACUCAGUAAUUGAGACAACAAGAUUCUGUUUUAUGAUCAGAAUAAACAGGUCAACAGUUGUAAUGACUAAAAUGUUCAAUGUAAAUCUUUGUUUAGUAGAUACAGUGUUGAGGACGUAUGAAUAGAGCACCUAAGUGCUGUUGAUAGAGUCCGUACUGUUGAUCCCAUUAUAAGUAUAUUAUUGAAUUUAUAAGCAGAACCUGUCUCAGGCCAGUACACUCAUUCAGAAACCCCCUGUCUGUCUCUCAUCCAGGUGUGUACCCAGUACAUGAAGGACUCUAACAUGCUGUUCGUCGGAGGGAUGUCGAUGGCUAUAGCUGUGGAACACUGGAACCUUCACAAACGCAUCGCCCUCAGAGUACUGCUCAUAGUAGGGGUGAGGCCUGCCCUGUAAGAGAACCCUUUACCUGUUUUAAUUCUCAUAUUACAGAGCUGUUUGGUCUAGUGUUCUGAUAUGUUGUAUUCAUAUUAAAUGUCUUAUCUGUUUCCCUUUUAAAUGGUUUCUCGCUCCCUCUCUAUCCUCACUCUUGCUUUCCCACUAUCACCAUUCACUUGUCCUCCUCCUCUCUCUAGAGAGAGAUAGAGAGAGAGAGAGAGCAGAGCUUCUCUCUCUUCUCGAGAUCUCUCUCUCUCUCUCUAUCUUCUCUCUCCAUCGUCUCUCUUCUCCUCUCUCUCUCUCUCUCUCUCUCUCUCUCUUCCUCCCUCAUCUCUUUCCUCCCUCAUCUCUCUCCUCCUUCCCUGUCUCUCCAGUCUGAUGCUGGGCUUCAUGGGCACUGCAGCCUUUCUGUCCAUGUGGAUCAGUAACACAGCCUCCACUGCCAUGAUGCUGCCCAUCGCUAACGCUGUUCUGAAGCAGCUGUGUGACACCGAGGCCCAGGCAGAGGAGAGGGAGAUGGACCUGAUGGCGAUCAGGGGGUCCGGGCGCAGGACUGGGGUACCUAAGGGCCAGGACAACCAGACCUUUGAUAUGGGUGAAAAGGAGAACAGUAUUACCAUAGGUGUGUGUUGUUAGGAGGAAGUGGUGUGUGUGUGGGGCGGGGGGUGUGUGUAUAUGUGUGUGUGUGUGUGUGUGUGUGUGUGUGUGUGUGCUUGUGUGUGGUGUGAGUCAUUUGUUUUGUGUCCAUUAGCCUCGGCACCAUCCGUUCUAGGUUUCUCAAGCCAUUCUCAAACUAACAUACAGCCUGGUCCCACAAGACUAUGUGUCCAUUAGUUUGCCAUGAGCUUUCACAAUCACAAGCUGUUCCACAUCUUUCUGUUUUUGUAAUAAAUUAUAUCUCCCUUAUUUGGCAGAUGAUGGAGGUGCUACUAUAUCUACAAAGGAUGUCAAGCCCAGGGAGAAUGGGGUCCAGUUAGGUAAGUAGAAUACAGUGUGUGUUCUCUCAAUCAUGGUCCUUGAAACCCACAGGGUGUACAGGCUUUUGUUCCAGCCAAGGACUAACACACCUCAUUCAUACCUGUUAUGGAUUCCCUGAAACACCCUUCUGUCAAUUAUUCAAACAUUCAUCUUAGUAGAGGAACACAGAUAAGUAAGCGAUAUUGAUAGGUUAUUGAUAAGCUAAUUCAGGAUGUGACCUUAUUGAUUUUGUCUGUUCAAGACAAGAUUGUUUGGACUGAUCUCGUCUGGCUAAGAUAGAAUACAAAUUACUCAGACUUAUUGUACAUCAUGUUCAAUAUCACCACCAGAUAUUCUCAAUCCCUGUUUCAGACUUUGUAAUCUUUGCCCUAAUUCUUUAGUUACCCUUAGUAAAACUUCUGACAAACUGACCUCUAACCCCUGAACAUUCUGAUUGGUUCUCUCCCUCCAGAACCCGAGCCAGAGGUGGAGGAGAGCCCGGCGGCAAGGGAGAGGAGGCUGAAGAGGGAGGCUAAGUACCUGAACCUGGAUAAAGGCAUGAGUCUCAGUGUGUGUUACGCUGCCAGCAUCGGAGGAACAGCCACCCUCACCGGCAAUGCCCCGAACCUUAUCCUCAAGGGACAGGUCGACGAGUACGUUUAUAUGUCUGUUUAUAAAAGGCUUACUAUGUAUGGGUAGUAUUACACGUAAAUACAGUAAGAGACCCAACAACACAUCUGCCACACUGAUCCUCAACACGGGGGCCCCUCAGGGGUGCGUGCUCAGUCCCCUCCUGUACUCUCUGUUCACCCAUGACUGCAUGGCCAGGCACGACUCCAACACCAUCAUUAAGUUUGCCGACGACACAACAGUGGUAGGCCUGAUCACCGACAACGAUGAGACAGCCUAUAGGGAGGAGGUCAGAGAUCUGGCCGUGUGGUGCCAGGACAACAACCUCUCCCUCAACGUGACCAAGACAAAGGAGAUGAUUGUGGACUACAGGAAAAAAAAGAGGACUGAGCACGCCCCCAUUCUCAUCGACGGGGCUGUAGUGGAACAGGUUGAGAGCUUCAAGUUCCUUGGUGUCCACAUCACCAACGAACUAUCAUGGUCCAAACACACCAAGACAGUCGUGAAGAGGGCACGACAAAGCCUAUUCCCCCUCAGGAGACUAAAAAGAUUUGGCAUGGGUCCUCAGAUCCUCAAAAAAUUCUACAGCUGCACCAUCGAGAGCAUCCUGACUGGUUGCAUCACCGCCUGGUAUGGCAACUGCUUGGCCUCUGACCGCAAGGCACUACAGAUGGUAGUGCGUACGGCCCAGUACAUCACAGGGGCAAAGCUCCCUGCCAUCCAGGACCUCUAUACCAGGCGGUGUCAGAGGAAGGCCCUCAAAAUUGUCAAAGACUCCGGUCACCCUAGUCAUAGACUGUUCUCUCUGCUACCGCACGGCAAGCGGUACCGGAGUGCCAAGUCUAGGUCCAAAAGACUUCUCAACAGCUUCUACCCCCAAGCCAUAAGACUCCUGAACAGCUAAUCAUGGCUACCCGGACUAUUUGCACUGCCCCCCCACCCCAUACUUUUUACGCUGCUGCUACUCUGUUAAGUAUUUAUGCAUAGUCACUUUAACUCUACCCACAUGUACAUAUUACCUCAACUACCUCAACUAGCCGGUGCCCCCGCACAUUGACUAUGCAACGGUACCCCCCUGUAUAUAUAGCCUCCCUACUGUCACUUUAUUCUAUUGUAUAUAUAGCCUCCCUACUGUCACUUUAUUUUUACUUCUGCUCUUUUUUUCUCAACACUUUUUUGUUGUUGUUUUAUUCUUACUUUUUUGUUUAAAAUAAAUGCACUGUUGGUUAAGGGCUGUAAGUAAGCAUUUCACUGUAAUGUCUGCACCUGUUGUAUUCGGCGCAUGUGACCAAUACAAUUUGAUUUGAUUUGAUUUGAGUAGCUCUCAUUAAAGGGUUAUUGUGUGUGGAUACAGUAUUGCACACUGGUUUAGCAACUGUUCUUCUCUGGAAGAACUGUAGUGCCCAGUGUACUUUGUUUAUAGCAGCUAAAGCACAAGGCUGGAUACACAAGGCUUGGGAGUUAGCUAACAUCUCUGUCACUUCCUCCAUAGAAUUAGAAUUCCCUGCACAUGCUGGGUGCACAGGCCCGGUGGCCAUAUUGGGUGUAACUGAUGCUAGUUCUAAUUCAAUAAUUCAAUAAUUAUUUCCCCACAGACUGUUCCCAGGAAAUGGAGACAUCAUCAACUUUUCCAGCUGGUUUGGUUUCUCCUUCCCCAACAUGGUUCUGAUGCUGAUCAUCUCCUGGCUGUGGCUGCAGUUUAUGUACCUGGGCUUCAAGUGAGUCCUUCUUUCCUGUUACGUUUUACCUUCAGUCAAUAACAUCCAUAACACCGUCUCUUGGCAGGAAGCCGAAGCAAUGUGAUUGUGUGCCUGCAAUCCAUGUUGAAAGGGGACACAUCUACGAACAUAUCCAAUCAUCAAAAUGCAAUAUAAUGAUUAAGCAUAGUAAAACAAUAGAAGGUAAUGGGUUAUGGUCAUAUUUCACAUAUACAGUGGGGAGAACAAGUAUUUGAUACACUGCCGAUUUUGCAGGUUUUCCUACUUACAAAGCAUGUAGAGGUCUGUAAUUUUUAUCAUAGGUACACUUCAACUGUGAGAGACGGGAUCUAAAACAAAAAUCCAGAAAAUCACAUUGUAUGAUUUUUAAGUAAUUAAUUUGCAUUUUAUUGCAUGACAUAAGUAUUUGAUACAUCAGAAAAGCAGAACUUAAUAUUUGGUACAGAAACCUUUGUUUGCAAUUACAGAGAUCAUACGUUUCCUGUAGGUCUUGACCAGGAUUGCACACACUGCAGCAGGGAUUUUGGCCCACUCCUCCAUACAGACCUUCUCCAGAUCCUUCAGGUUUCGGGGCUGUCGCUGGGCAAUACAGACUUUCAGCUCCCUCCAAAGAUUUUCUAUUGGGUUCAGGUCUAGAGACUGGCUAGGCCACUCCAGGACCUUGAGAUGCUUCUUACGGAGCCACUCCUUAGUUGCCCUGGCUGUGUGUUUCAGAUCGUUGUCAUGCUGAAAGACCCAGCCACGACCCAUCUUCAAUGCUCUUACUGAGGGAAGGAGGUUGUUGGCCCAAGAUCUCGCGAUACAUGGCCCCAUCCAUCCUCCCCUCAAUACGGUGCAGUCGUCCUGUCCCCUUAGCAGAAAAGCAUCCCCAAAGAAUGAUGUUUCCACCUCCAUGCUUCACAGUUGGGAUGGUGUUCUUGGGGCUGUACUCAUCCUUCUUCUUCCUCCAAACACGGCGAGUGGAGUUUAGACCAAAAAGCUCUAUUUUUGUCUCAUCAGACCACAUGACCUUCUCCCAUUCCUCCUCUGGAUCAUCCAGAUGGUCAUUGGCAAACUUCAGACGGGCCUGGACAUGCGCUGGCUUGAGCAGGGGGACCUUGCGUGCGCUGCAGGAUUUUAAUCCAUGACGGCGUAGUGUGUUACUAAUGGUUUUCUUUGAGACUGUGGUCCCAGCUCUCUUCAGGUCAUUGACCAGGUCCUCAGUGUAGUUCUGGGCUGAUCCCUCACCUUCCUCAUGAUCAUUGAUGCCUCACGAGGUGAGAUCUUGCAUGGAGCCCCAGACCGAGGGUGAUUGACCGUCAUCUUGAACUUCUUCCAUUUUCUAAUAAUUGCGCCAACAGUUGUUGCCUUCUCACCAAGCUGCUUGCCUAUUGUCCUGUAGCCCAUCCCAGCCUUGUGCAGGUCUACAAUUGUAUCCCUGAUGUCCUUACACAGCUCUCUGGUCUUGGCCAUUGUGGAGAGGUUGGAGUCUGUUUGAUUGAGUGUGUGGACAGGUGUCUUUUAUACAGGUAACGAGUUCAAACAGGUGCAGUUAAUACAGGUAAUGAGUGGAGAACAGGAGGGCUUCUUAAAGACAGGUCUGUGAGAGCCGGAAUUCUUACUGGUUGGUAGGUGAUCAAAUACUUAUGUCAUGCAAUAAAAUGCAAAUUAAUUACUUAAAAAUCAUACAAUGUGAUUUUCUGGAUUUUUGUUUUAGAUUCCGUCUCUCACAGUUGAAGUGUACCUAUGAUAAAAAUUACAGACCUCUACAUGCUUUGUAAGUAGGAAAACCUGCAAAAUCGGCAGUGUAUCAAAUACUUGUUCUCCCCACUGUAUAUAUACUUCAUUGUCCAUUUCUGUUAGACAUUGACAUAUAGACAAAGUAGAUAAAAGCCUAUAUAAGACCCAGAGCCCUAUGUGGUACUGUAUAGAGAUCUCUGAUAUGUCUCGGAUCUAUUUGGCCCAUUCACCCACAGCAUGAAGAAGUCGUUUGGCUGUGGGACGAAUAAGGAUGGUGACAAGGAGGCAUACGGGGUGAUGAAGAAUGAGUAUAAGAAGCUGGGCAGUGUGUGCUUCGCUGAGGGCUGUAUCCUGGUGCUGUUUGUCCUGCUGAUCCUGCUCUGGUUCACCAGAGAACCAGGUUUCAUGCCCGGCUGGGCCACUGUGCUCUUCAACAAGGACAAACCGUGAGUGAUAAAUAUCAGUAUGUUCUGUGUUGUAACUCCCUCUGCUUCUGCCUGGUUCUCUCUAACUUUUUUUAUCUGAUAGCUUUCUGCUGUGUUUCCCAGUCUUUACUCUUUUCCGCUUUCUUGCUAUCAUUUUUUAUUUUUUAUUUUUAUUUAACCUUUAUUUAACUAGGCAAGUCAUGUAAGCUAACAAUUCAGCUAUACACAUAAUGUGUACAUAAACUGUAAUUACACUGUACACGCCUAUGUAACUACCAUAUUAAUACAUAGGGACACAUUGAGUGGGACCAAGAGACAUUGUUUAUAUGUAGAUUUAUAUGUCCCAGGUACGUCACUGAUGGCACAGUGGCCAUCCUGAUGUCAACACUGUUCUUUGUGAUCCCAUCCCAACUACACAGAUGUGUCGGGUACUCUGAGGAUGGUAUGUGUGUGUGUGUGCACGUUUGUGCAUUUGUGUGUUUUUUGUCAAUAUAUCUUUGAGUGGUGAGAGUACAUGGGUGUGUUUUCAAGUGUGCGAUUGAGAGAGACGGUGUGUGUGUCUGCCUGUCAGUGUGUCUGUGUGUCUGUCUGUAUGUCUGUGAUACUACUGUAUAGAACAGCCUUUCUUAAAGAAUUGGUCGGACAUGUUAAUGGUGGGUCGUGACAUGAUUCUUUGGGGAAACUCAGUUGGGGUCUCAACUUACUGUUGAGAGUUUGAAUAGUAGAAUACACAAGGUGCAAUUUCGAUGUUUGGUUGGGCAUCAUCAGUUUUUCUCUUGUUAUGUCAGUCACUGACAGUUAGUCAAUUAGCCAUGUCAGCUAACAAGUUUUAGAUUGGUAAAUUAGUUUAGCCAGCUAUCUAAACUUGUAGUAGUCAUGGCCGAAUACCGACCAGGCACGCAGGGCACAUGCCCAGGGGCCCUGACCUCUGUUCCCAUUGAUUUUGUUAGUCACUCUCAAUCAGAUAUCAUAUUAACAUGGCAUAAGUCAUGGCAAAAUGUGUAGAAUUACAGGAAAUUCACUUUCAAACUAAAAUGUUUCUCUCCGCCUUCAGGAGGGGGGCCCCCCAAACAAAUCUCACUUAGGGCCCCCAAAAGGGAUAAUGUUUUCAUGAGCUUGGGUCCCAGGAAUUUCUCAUUUGGGUCCCAGGCUGAAAAAAGUUUAAGAACCCCUGGUAUAGAGAUACAAUCUUGCUGACUCAGUGCUUUGUAAUCGCUUUGAUAGCACCCUCACUUCCCAGGGCUCGCACACACUCACACACGCACACACGCACACACGCACACACACACUCCAAGACACAUCAGAGGGAGCUGCAGCGUGAUAGUGCUAGCCUCAAGGUCAGCCCUACAUGGCUGUACUCUCUGUUCUGUCCUUUCCCCGAAAUAAAUAGCUUUCAAAUCAAUAAAUGGCUGGUGGACACUUCUAAAUACAUAUUCCUUUUUCUCCCUCUGUAACCUAAGCUGAGUUUAGUUUUCUUACUCCUGAUAAGUGACAAUGUCAAAACGGCAAAACAGAGUGCUCCAGUAAUGUAGCUCCUUUCUCAAAACGGCGGCAGUUCAAUGUGUUUGGUAAAUACAUGGGUGUCACAAUGAUUAAAGGCACUUAGUGAAGAGUUAGAGUUUGGAGUGCAAGGCAGCAGAGUUUUGCGAGGCAGACUUUAAAGUGCCUUGUCAUGGCUCUUUGACUUCUGUUUUUCCGUUCCUGGCAGAGUGUUUUUGUGGUCAUGUUAGUAUCUAGGAGUUAUCGAUGGCCUUUGCUCCCUGAGUAGCGAUGUAAGUAGGCAUAAGUUAGUACAGUGCUAUCUAGGACAGAGUCCUGUAAACCGUAACAGUAUGAUCUCUGACCAUAUAGAUUUGGACAGAGAUACACUUUAAUGACACUGUACCUUCCUAACUACCAUGUAAAUACACAGGUCUUAGGGACCGUAGUCUUGCGUUACCAUACUACCAAGUUCCUGCAGGAGUGCCUCGAAUCGAGGCUAUAAGGACUGUAAUGGUAACCUUGUGUCAUUCUCCUGUGUGUGCCUUGUCCCUAUAGGAAAGCCCUUGAAGGCCCCUCCCACCCUGCUGAACUGGGACGUGAUCCAUAAGAAGAUGCCCUGGAACCUCCUCCUGCUAGUGGGAGGAGGCUUUGCUCUGGCCCGUGGCAGUGAGGUACCGUCUGUCCGUGUGUCCGUUGUUAGGUCGGUCGGUCUGUCUGUCUGAAUCGGUCUGUGUGUCUGUCUGUGUUAUCUUUUUUUAAACAAAAAUGAUGACAAUUGUGGUUAUGUUUUUCUCUGUGUGCAGACGUCUGGUCUGUCUCAGUGGCUAGGAGAAUGUCUAGCCCCCCUGCAGUCCAUCCCUCCCGUUGCCAUCUCCUUCCUCCUGUGUCUACUCACCGCCACUUUCACUGAGUGCUUCAGCAACAUAGCUACAACCACACUGUUUCUGCCUAUACUGGCAUCUAUGGUAAGAGCAGACAGAAUCCCUUACAAAUUCACAUACUCGCAUACAAAUUCACAUGUUCACUUAGCAAACCUGGAUCAAUGAUUUUAAGUGGUGCUAGAUUUAGUUUGAAGUUUGGCCUUUUGGGACUAUUCCAUUGCUUCCAUUUUACCGGGAAAACUAAAUCAAGCACAGCUAAGUAUAUGACAUGUGUAUUUGGCCCAGGUCUGGCACUUAGGCAUACACUUUAUGUUAAUUUCACCUCUUUGACCCAUGUGUGACCCUGUCUGUCUGUUCCCAGGCCGUAUCCAUUAAGCUCCACCCGCUGUACGUCAUGCUGCCUUGCACUAUCUGUGCCUCGCUGGCCUUCAUGUUGCCGGUGGCCACACCCCCUAAUGCCAUCGUCUUCUCCAAUGGCAACCUCAAAGUCAUGGACAUGGUACGACCUACGACCCUUCACCCAUCAGCCCUCACCUCGCACCCCUCUCCAUACAGUACUUUGUGUAGAGUGAAAUACUAUCCUGGAUCCAAACUGAAUUGUUAUUUUUCACUUCAUGAUUUCAGUCAGGUCAUCUCUUCAUUGUAAAAAACACUUUGUGACAAUUACUGAUAUAAAAAGGGUUUUAUUCUGUAAAUAAAUAUGAUUUAUUGAUUGAGUCAUUGAAACCAGUAGUGAAACUGAGUAAUUCAGUUUGGAUCCAGGCUAGUAGAACACAUGGUUGUGAAACAUUCAGGCUGUGACCCAUGUUUUUCCCUGUUUUUCACUGCACUGACAACAGGUGAAGGCUGGAUUCAUGCUGAACAUUAUUGGUGUCAUCACCAUCAACAUCGCCCUGAACACCUGGGGAGCAGCCAUCUUCAAUCUCAACACCUUCCCUGACUGGGCCAAUGUUACCAACAUACCCACAUCCUGAUCUGGAGACACUGGCGAGGAAGGAAGGAGGGAAGGAAGCGGAGGGACGGGAAGAGGAGGAGGAGGAGGAGAGAGCGGAGGGACGAGAAGAGGAGGAGGAGGAGAGAGCGGAGGGACGGGAAGAGGAGGAGGAGGAGAGAGCGGAGGGACUAGAAGAGGAGGAGGAGGAGAGAGCGGAGGGACGAGAAGAGGAGGAGGAGGAGAGAGCGGAGGGACGGGAAGAGGAGGAGGAGGAGGAGGAGAGAGCUGAGGGACGGGAAGAGGAGGAGGAGGAGAGAGCGGAGGGACGGGAAGAGGAGGAGGAGGAGAGAGCGGAGGGACGGGAAGAGGAGGAGGAGGAGGAGGAGGAGGAGGAGGAGAGAGCUGAGGGACGGGAAGAGGGGAGAGAUACUAUAUGUACACCUCUAUCUGGGACAGGCUGUGGGAAGAAGACAGUGCUGAUGGUCAACCCACUCAGGGUGUUU